AUGGCAACACAGUCUCCCUCGGCAGAGUUGCUCAACAACCAAUCUGGAUAUCAGGAUGACAAUGCACGCUUUUUCGACGAAGACGUGCCCAUCAUUCCGAACAAGAUGCAAGAGCUUCUCGACAAGUACAGCGGUAUUCCUACCGGAGAAGAACAGGUUCGACAUGUACAGAGACUUCGAGACAAAGCCUAUCAACAAUAUCAGUACCCUUGCCUAGGUCUGUAUCGAUUCUUGGGUCUGGCACUUAGCACCCAUCCUCUGUAUGACGUGCAUGUGUUACCAUUGCUUUGUGGAGACAAGGACACAAAAGACGCCACAUCACUCGAUUCCCCUCGGACGUUCCUCGAUCUCGGUACGUGUCUUGGCCAAGACGUACGAAAGCUGAUCUUUGAUGGUGUGCCGGUUGAUUGCGUGUACGGAGCCGACUUACUUGCAGAAUUUGUGGAUAUUGGAUAUGAUCUUUUCCGCGACGAGGAGAAGCUGCCUCGCACGCAUUUCGUGGCGCCGGCGGAUAUAUUUGACGAAUCAUCACGAUUAAAAGAAUUUGACAAGAAAGUAGAUAUCAUCCACGCCAAUUUAUUUUUCCACCUCUUCACUUGGGACGAUCAGGUGAAAGCAGCAAAGCGAGUGGUGAAAUUGUUGCGACCACGGAUGGGAAGCCUCAUACUUGGAAGCCAGAUCGCUCAUCAGGAAUCCGGGGAAGUACCAAGUCGGCCAGGGCGGCGCUCCGAUUCAAUGUACAGACACGACGAGAGGAGCUGGAAGCGACUUUGGGAAUCAGUAGGCACGGAUCUCAGGUUGAGUUUCACGGUUCGAAGUUCUCUAAGCCCAUAUCCUAAGAGGAAGGGAGUAGACGACACUCACGAAGGACUUUCCCGGAUGACAUUUGAAGUAUGGAGAGAUUGA